AUGGACUCUAGCGAAAUAUUAUCCCCGGCUACCUCGGCGGUGUCAAACCAGGAGGAGGUGGAGAGCGAUGCCCCCAGCUGUUCGUCUGGAGACAGCACGGGGGAGAAGUUUGUCCCUGUGCUUCUCUGCACAUAUUGUCGCAUGCCCAUUGCCCAAUAUGGCGAGAUACUUUCUCACCGCGCCACUGAUGCCUGGGCGUCGCAGGUAUACACGUACGAGUUGGAGCUCUUUGACGACAACCCCCCUCUGUGGUGCUACUCCGCCACCAACCCCUCCGCCCACCGCUUCGACCUCGUGCGGUGCGACGCGGCAAUCGCGCUUGGGCACCGGCGCAUACAGCUCACUGGUGCGUGGUCGGCGGAGCACACCUUCUUCCUUGGCCACGAGUGGCGCUACGCCGUGUGCAAGAACUGCAACAGCUUUCUCGGAUGGGGCUUUCGCCCGAGUUUGCAGCCUUCCAACGACGUCGAAGACGCGGCCGCGGCGCCCGCUGCGGACGCCGAGGCCACUGACGAGGGUCUCAGUUUUGUUGGAAUUAUUUUGACUCGCUGCACCGGCCACGAGAAGUACCCGUUGGAUUUGCUUAAGUUCCGCGAAGUUGCGAGAUCCUCGGAUGGCCCGUCGUAG